UUGCUUUUUUUCCUUUUCAAAAGAAAAAACAAAUCACUAUUGUGAGCUUCGAGUUCCUCGGCGAGCUCAGCCUAAAAAAUAAAGCUUUUGUUGCUUUCUGCUUAAUGGAAGGGUCUUGAGCUCUCUCUCUCUCUCUCUCUCUCUCUCUCUCUCUCUGCUCUGCUUUCUUUGCAUUUUAUUUGAGAUUUCAGAAAAGGGUUCGUCGGACUUCUCUUCUUUGCCUGAUCCACACAAGUUCCUCAGCAGUGUAGUUUCUAAUGUCUCCACCACUGUUGGGUGGUGAGGAGGAAGGACAGAGCAAUGGAUCUAUGGUAGCUUCUUCACGCUCUAUGGACUGUAUCUCCCAUAAUGGGUCUGGACUGAAAGAACGCAACUACCUUGGGUUGUCAGAUUGUUCUUCGGUUGACAGCUCCACAGUUUCGAGCUUGUCAGAAGAGAAGAAGAACAAGCUGAAUUUUCAGGCCACAGAGUUGAGGCUUGGUCUUCCUGGAUCCCAAUCACCAGAACGGGUACCAGAUCUUUGCUUGCUGAGCUCAGGAAAACUUGACGAGAAGCCACUGUUUCCUUUGCUUCCGUCAAAAGAUGGAAUCUGCUCCUCAUCACAGAAGAAUGUUGUUUCAGGCAACAAAAGGGGCUUUGCUGACACCAUGGAUGGAUUCUCAGAGGUGAAAAGUGCUGUUUAUACUGAAGGAAAUUGGAUGUUUCAUGCAGCUGGUUCUGAUUCUGAAGCUCCAGAAUCUGUUGGACAAGGGAAGUUUCCUGUGAAUUCAAUCAAUGUAAUGCUAUCAUCCAGGCCUUCUGGGACUCAGCCAACCAUGACAAAAGAGGAGCUCACUAAAGUUUUACAAGAACAGUCUCAUGCUACGAAUGGAGCCAGCCGUAACCCUUUGGGUGCUUCUAACAACAGCAGUGCCCCAGCUGCUAAGGCACAAGUUGUUGGGUGGCCUCCAAUUAGAUCAUUUAGGAAAAAUUCUUUAGCCACCACCUCAAAGAACAAUGACGAAGUUAAUGGAAAACCUGGUCCUGGUGGUCUUUUUGUCAAGGUCAGCAUGGAUGGUGCUCCCUACUUGAGGAAGGUAGAUCUGAGAACCUACUCUACAUAUCAAGAGCUGUCUUCUGCUCUCGAAAAGAUGUUCAGCUGUUUUACCAUAGGGCAAUAUGGAUCCCAUGGAGCCCCGGGAAGGGAAAGACUGAGUGAGAGUAAGCUGAGAGAUCUUCUUCAUGGAUCAGAAUAUGUGCUUACGUAUGAGGACAAGGAUGGUGACUGGAUGCUUGUUGGGGAUGUCCCAUGGGAGAUGUUUAUUGAUUCAUGCAAGAGGUUGAAGAUAAUGAAGGGCUCCGAUGCCAUUGGCUUAGCUCCUAGAGCCAUGGAGAAAUCCAAAAACAGGAACUAGCCGGUGCCUGAAAUCGACUGUUUCGGGUUCCCAUUUUCAAUUGAACAUUUUUGUGGGGAAAGAGGAGUAAGCUGCAAAAGUUGGAACUUGGAAGGAAGAACACAGAGUAUGGCCUGGGCUGGAUGGCAGUAUCACGUUGAGCAUCUUGUCUUGUUGAUGUUUUGAUUGUCUGAAGAAAGAAAAAAAAGAGCCAUUGUUUUUUAGUCUGUUUAUUAUGAAACAUCUUAAAACAUGUUAAGAAUAUUAGUAUUUGUGGAGUUCAUAAUGUUAUAGCCAACUAGUUGAAGUUGUUUGUGAUGCUGAUAAUUGUUCUUGCAUGUAAUACUGCUUCAUCACUCUCUUCAUAGGCUUCCUUUUCAGUAAUGUCAAAUUUUCCC